CAGCAUCACGGGCAGAGCCAGUGCGUGACAUCCGCUGUGAGUUCUGUGGUGAGUUCUUUGAGAACCGAAAAGGCCUGUCCAGCCACGCACGCUCCCACCUGCGACAGAUGGGUGUGACUGAGUGGUCCGUCAAUGGCUCACCCAUCGACACGCUUCGGGAGAUCCUUAAGAAGAAGUCUAAGCCGUGCCUCAUCAAGAAGGAGCCUCCAGCUGGAGACCUGGCCCCUGCCUUGGUUGAGGAUGGGCCCCCUACAGCGGUUCCUGGGUCUGUGCAGCCCCUCCUGCCGCUGGUGCCAAUGGCUGGCCGGCCAGGCAAACCAGGAGCUGGGCUGGCCCAGGUACCCCGUGAGCUCAACCUGGCACCCAUCACCGGUGCCAAGCCCUCAGCCACCAGCUACCUGGGCUCAGUGGCAGCCAAGCGACCCCUGCAGGAGGAUCGCUUCCUCUCUGCAGAGGUCAAGGCCAAGACCUACAUCCAGACUGAACUGCCCUUCAAGGCAAAGACCCUUCACGAGAAGACCUCCCACUCCUCCACCGAGGCCUGCUGUGAGCUGUGUGGCCUUUACUUCGAAAACCGCAAGGCCCUGGCCAGCCAUGCUCGGGCGCAUCUGCGGCAGUUCGGUGUGACUGAGUGGUGCGUGAAUGGCUCACCCAUUGAGACGCUGAGCGAGUGGAUCAAGCACCGGCCCCAGAAGGUGGGCGCCUACCGCAGCUACAUCCAGGGUGGCCGCCCCUUCACCAAGAAGUUCCGAAACGCUGGCCAUGGCCGCGAGAGCGACAAGCGGCCACACCUGGGGCUGGCACCUGGGGGCCUGUCCGUGGUGGGCCGCAGUGCUGGGGGUGAGCCAGGGCCAGAGGCUGGCCGGGCAGCCGACAGUGGUGAGCGGUCUUUGGCAGCCAGCCCACCAGGCACUGUGAAAGCAGAGGAGCACCAACAGCAGAAUAUCAACAAAUUUGAGCGCUGACAAGGCCGCCCUGCAGAUACUUCUGCGGCCAGGGGGGGCGAGGAGCCCAAUGACCUGCAGCAGAAGCUGGAGGAGGUGCGGCAACCCCCACCCCGGGUCCGGCCAGUCCCCUCCUUGGUGCCUCGUCCCCCCCAGACAUCACUGGUUAAGUUCGUCGGCAACAUCUAUACCCUCAAGUGCAGGUUCUGUGAGGUGGAAUUCCAGGGACCUCUCUCCAUCCAGGAGGAGUGGGUGCGGCACUUACAGCGGCACAUCCUGGAGAUGAAUUUCUCCAAAGCAGACCCCCCGCCCGAGGAGCCCCAGGCCCCUCCAGCACAGACAGCGGCGGCAGAGGCACCCUAACACAAAAGCAUUCCAGAUCUCUCUCGUGCCACCUCUGUCUCCUACUCCUCCUUGGUCUCCUCCUCUCUCUCUUCCUUCUUUCUUUUCCGUUCCCAAAGGAGCAAGCCAAAACCUCAAACCGGCACCCUUGGGGGCCGGGCACACUACAGCCAGGGCGCCCCUCCCCCAGCUCAAGGACUCUGGGGCCAAACCCAGGGUGUGUUCCUUCAGGCCACACCUACCCAAUCCAGCCAGGGCAGCGGCCAGGUCCCUGGUGGCAGGUGAUCUGGUCAUGGGAGGAAGGCCAGCACUCCCCAAUGUCUAGCAGCCAGGUGGGGCUUUGUUUGCCAUCUGUGGCCAUUUACAAGGACCCCAAAGACACCCUGUACUGGUUCCCUCUUGCCCCGUGAAUAUCCUAUCACACACGCACAUGCGGACACACACACACGCACGCACGCACGCACACACCUCGUGAGACCCGGGAUCUGCCCCAGCCCCCCAGUUCCCAAGUCAAACGAACACAUCAUGCCACGGUGCUUGCUCAGGGGAAGGUACGCUCCCUCUGCGGGCCCACUGAGGCCUGGGAGCCCCCACUGAGCCCACAAUGCCACGGAAAUCCUUGUUGGCCGCCCCCCCUCCCCCAGAGGGGCCUUCCCAGCUGGGAAGAGCUCAGAGCUGACAGCUGCCUCCUGCCAUGUCCAGGCCCCCCAGAACCUCUGGGGGCUCUGGGCCCUGGAAGGGGUGGGGUGGGACUUUCCUCCCCACUCCUAUCCCCUCCCUCUUUUCACUGUUCCUUUCUAUGUACAGCUCCUUAGACCUUUCACUUUUUUAAAAACGCAUUUUGUGUAGAGAAUAAGGAACGUGGAUCUUUUUAUUUUGCGAUCCUGGGCCAGCUAGAAACUGGGAGCUGAUCAAUCUUUUAACUUUUUUCAGUGGCCACAUUUUGGUUAUCAAUGUACCUAGAAGUAUGUAAAUUAGAUUAAAUUUCUCUUCUGGAAAUACCCCGGGGCAGGCGGCCAGCGUGUGUUUUUCUGUCAAGUGGACAGGCUGGCAUCAGCUGGCACCUGGGGCUGGGAUCAAGCCGCCUCCACCCAGAGUCUCAGGAGGUCCUGGGUUUUCCCUUUGGCCACCAAACCAACCAGACCCAGCUGGGGAUGAGCUCAAGUUCCCAGCUUGUUGGCCCUCAAUGGCAUGGCCGGUGUGGACUCUGGCCAGCUGGUGACGAGGCUCCUAUGUGCAGAGGAGAGGAAACGGCUCUGGGCAGCUGGUCCAGGAAGGGAGCCAGGAUGGAGAAGUGAUUGAGGCCCAAGGGCUCUUGGAGUCAGGAGCUGACCAUCGAGGGUGUGGGGGACACUGGGGGAGGGAGGAGUGCACAGCUGUCAGGACCUCUUAGCUGGGACUGGCCUGCCUUCAAGACAUGCGACCUGUCGGGAGAUACACAUGCACCCUGAACCCCAGUAACAAGGAGAAAGCGAGCUGUUGGCUCCUCUGCAAUGUUAUUUAUUUUCUCACUCUGCAAAUGUUUAUUGAACAUUUCUGAGAUUUUAAGAUA